UAUCAUUUGUAUAACCACAUGGAGUACCAACUGAACGUAUCCUACGUUAGUUUUUGCCUUAUGGUCGUCGAUGUCGUGAGUCGUAAAAAAAAUCAGUUUCACGUCAAACAGUAUUGAAUUUUGUCGAACAUUUAUACAUUUUCUGUUAUCUAUUUUAAGAUGAUUGUUUGAAUGAUAUAAAAUAUUAAAUUACCAUGGAGGGUCAAGUACAAGUAAAGGAAGAACCAAUUAAGUCUGAAGGGGUUGUACAAAGUUCUGAUAGCAGCGAAAGAAGUGAAGGAGCAGCCUCUCCACCUCCUAAUUGCAGUAUUUGUCUUGGAAAACUUAUCAACACAUCAUUUACUGACAGUUGCUUACAUCAAUUUUGCUUUAAUUGCUUAUUACAAUGGUCUAAAAUAAAAACAGAAUGUCCAUUAUGCAAACAAACUUUUAAAUCAAUCAUACAUAAUGUAAGAUCAGAAGAAGAUUAUGAUCAAUAUCAUGUACCACGCGAAUUAACGUCUCAAAUUCCACAACCUCCAGUCAUGGCAAUCCAGCAUUUAGAUGUUAAUUUUGAAGUAGAUGGAAAUUGGGAUGUUGGUUUACGGCGUUUCUUCUACAGAACAACUAUGAAUGAUAAUCGUCGUCGUGGAGCCAUAUCAAACACUGAACAGAUCGCAAGAGAACAGAUAAUACCAGUUAUGCAGCGACAGGUUCCAGGAGAAGAACACAGGCGCAUGAAUCCUACUUUUCGUCGUGCUAUAUACACAUAUGGAAUAUGGGCUACUUCCUUACCUGGACGUUUUGGAUUUGGACGUUUUCAAGAAUGUAGCGCUGAAUAUUAUCGGAGAUAUCCAAGGGAAUUGGAUCGUCUUGUUCCAUGGUUAAACAGAGAAUUACAUAUAUUAAUUAAUAAUAGACCGGCACAUAUUCCAUAUGUUUUAAGAAGGAUUAUGGACGCAUUAACACGUCAUGAUAUUAGAAGUCUCCAAUUUCAAAAUAUUGUGCGACCAUAUUUUGGUGUACAUACAGAACAUUUUAUACAUGAGUUAUUCAAUUUUGCAGGGACUAAUUAUGAUAUAGUUGCAUAUGAUCAAGCUGUUACUUAUUUAUUUGAAGGUUUAUCAAGAGAUUACGUUUCACAUGUUGUUUCACCUGUAUCUAGUAGCAGUAGUACUUCUUCCGAUGAUUCAGAUGUUCAUGUACUUGAUGAAGCAAUUGAUUUACGUGUAAAUGCUGAAUUACCUGGCGUAGGACCACACCCAGUCAAUAUGCCUGGACCUAGUACUGUUGGGCAAUCUUUUCAAUUGGAAAUGCCAUAUAAUGUACCAGAUGUUUUGACAAUAUCAUCUGGAUCUUCAGAUGACGAAUGCGAAGUGAUUUGUUAUGUCAAACCUCGUCAUGAAAGAACACCUGAGAUAAUAGAAUUAGUCUCUUCCGAUCCUGAGGAGGCAAAUACAGCUUAUGUAUCUAAUGAUAAUGCAGAACCUGUGCAAACUUCUGUUUACGAGGAUGUUCCUCAAGCUAGUACAUCAUUUAAUUCUAAGAAAGGAUCGUCUAAUAAGGUAAAUAGUGAAAUCAUAAGGACUAUUAUCUCAGAAAUAUCAUCUUCUUCAAGCGAUAAUUCGUCAGAUAGUGAUUACAAUCCUAGAAGAAGCAGACAAUGUCGAAGUCAUGUAAAGAAAUCGUCAAAGAAAAAAAUCAAUAAUAAAAGACGUAAACACAGUAAUUUCAAGAACCGUAAAAGAGUAGAUAGUAGUGUUUCAAGUUCAGGUGAAAGUGAUUUCAGAAAUAAAAGUAGUAGAAGAAGCAGUCAACGUGGAAAAAUAAAACCAUAUAGUUCUAGCGAAUCUAGUUUGGAAGAAGAUAGAAAGAAGAAAUUGAGUGAAGUAAAAUCAAGAAAAGAAACAAAUUCGAUUAAAGGUACAGUAAAUGUGCGUAAGGAUUUAAUAAAAAAAGAAGAAAGAUACAAUGAAGAAAAUAAUGUCCUUAAUAACAAUAAUGGUAGCAGUACUAACAGCAGCAGUAGUAGCAGUACUAGCAGUAGUAGCAGUAGUAGCAGUAGCAGCAGUACUACUAGUACUAGUAAUAGUAACAGUAGUAGCACUAGCAGCAGUGAGACAUGUAAUGAAAGUAAAGAAACUCACAAAUGUGAACUUUUACAACAAAAGUCAAGAACUAAAGGUUCUACAAGCUCACGUGUUUAUGAUAUUGAAAAAAUUGAAAGAGAUGGUAAAAAUAAAGAUAAAUCCCGAAUGAUAACCGAUGUAAUAUUAUUAGAUGAUUCUAGUCGAAAAAAUUACAAAUACAAGGAAAAUAAACGAUCUAGAACCAGAAGUACUAGCGAAUCUUCUCACAAGCAGAAAAAAAAUAAAAGAUCAAGCUGUAGAAAACGACAAGUUCAUAAAUGUAAAAAUGAAUACGAUAGUGAUGAUGCUAGUAAUUCGAUAGACACAGAUUUCUUAAAGAGAGAGAAUAGUACAUGUUCCAAUAGCCAAUUUAGCAAUUAUUCAGAUAGAUCAUACAAACAUAAAAGAAGAUCUAAACAUAGGGAUUUAUGUAAAGAUAAAAGGAGAAAACGUUCUCGUAUUAGAUCGCGUAGUAGAUCUCGAAAUAGAUCCCGUAGUAGAUCUAGCAGAUCUAGUAAAUCUCAUAAUAGAUCUCGUAGUAGUUCUCGUAGCAGAUCUCGUAGUAGAUCUCGUAGUCGAUCUUCCAUCUCUAAUUCAAGUGUAACAAAUUCAGUAAUGUCAUCUAAAAGUGAAACAUGUUCAAUAUCGAAACAUUCCGAUUCUAAAAAUAGUUCAUCUAGCAAAGAGAAGCGCAAAUUACAUAAAAGUCAUAAAAAAUCAAAACAUCUAAGAUCGCGAUCAAAAUCAAGAUCUAAAAAGGUGAAACGUCGUGUUAGAUGGUCUUAUAGCUCUAACUCGGAUUAAUUUUUUUCAUAUAGCUUAUUAAUCUUCUCAACUAUAAAUUAGGUUUAUUUGUAAUAUAGUUGCAAUGUACACUAUGAAGGAUGGCUUAUUAUUUUAAUGUUAUCUCACUAUAACAAUCGUUUAUUGCUUACUACACUUUUGAAAUAUGAUGAUUAAUCAAGUGAGAAAAAGACAAAAUAUAAAGAAGCUAAGAUAAUAGUUUGAUAAUUUUGUUUGAAAACAAACUAAUAAAUUUUAUUUAGUACAUAUACGUAUAUACAUUUUGUUCACUUU